UGAAUGGGGCAACGAGGACACUGCAAUGACAUUGAUAAACAUGGGUGCCGAUGUCAAUGUUUGUAACAAUCAUGGAGAGAUUAAAAGUCUACAUAUUGCUUUGGAUUAUAAAAUGUAUAAAGUUGCAAAAAAACUGUUCGAAUUAAACCCCACAGAUAUGGAUAUUGAAGACAACAAUGGUGGAACGGCCAUAUUUCAUUUGCUAGGGGUAUAUCUUGACAACAUUUUGGAAAAGGAAGACGAUAUAUGGUAUGACAUUGAUGAUAGAGAAGAACUUACUCGCAAAGUGGCUUCUUCGUGCAGUAAUAUUGAUAAGAAGGAUAACCAAGGUCGAACUGCGCUAUCUCAUGCCAUUGAGAGAAUGAAUAAAGAUGAAGAACUGGAAAGUUUGGCACGAAUAAUCAUUGACGCUGGUGCUAAUGUUAAUUUAUCAGAUGAUAAAGGACAAACACCCUUGUUUUAUGCAUUGAGRYCKUCSGCCGUACGCUUGUUAUUAGACCAUGGUGGAGAUUUAACUCUUCGAAACAAUCAGCAGGAAACCGCCUUGAUUCAUAUUUUGUCUGCAAAAGAUUAUUUUCAAGAUAUAGACCUAUAUUUUGACUACGACGAAUGGUCACAUUUAUGCGAGCAAUACGUUAGUGCACUGCUCAAUUACGUAGACACUACUUACGUAAACGCAAGAGACAUGUAUGGCAGAACAGCAAUGUUCUCUGCAGCUACAAAAAUUGAUGAUAGUACAAUGUUUGAAGUUAUAGCGGCGAUGCUUGUUCGCAAGGGGGCUGUUGUAGACGAUACCGAUAAUAACGACAUGAGCGUUUUAUCGUAUUUCAUUGAGAGACAUUGUUGCAACAGUUUUAAGGAUAACAGAAAUGUUUCAGAAAGACUAUCAUUUUUUAUCAAGAAUGGCAUACGUAAUUCAGCAAUCUUCACCUCAGCAUUGAGCUAUUUGUAUGCUAUAUUACCAAACUACUUUCACAGUUCUAAUACAGUGCAUAGAAGAGAGAUGUUUCCGAAUGCUAUAUCUAUUGCAUACACAUACGCUAGUCAUGAAGUGCAAUCUAUUGACACCUUAAAUGCACUGCUCGACGACGAAAGAAUACCAGACGCAAUGGACUUAAUGGUGAUGUUAGGUGUCAAUCCCAACAGUGCCGAUUCGUAUGGAAAUACUGCCCUUCAUUAUGCUACUCUGCUUCCAUUUCAUGGGGUAUCACAAGAGAACGUAAAGAAAAUCCUCGAGACGCUUAGAAACCAUGGGAUACGAACCAACAUCAGAAAUCAGAAAAAAGAGACGCCUCUACAUUUUUGUCUUUCAGAACAAGCAUGGAAACUAGCAAGCGAAAAUGACACAUGGAAUGGAAUCACGACAGUGGUGGAGAUUUGUGAGUUUCUUCUACAUGAUGGUUCGCUCAUUAGUGAAACAACGAGAAAUGGAGAGACUGUGUAUCAUUUAAUAAUGAACUUGUUUCAGAGGGGACUAUCUAUGAAUGAUAAAGAAAUUCGGAAUGUCAUUUGUGACAAUGCCGUACAACUGCUUGAAUUGUUUUCCAAAACAAGUGGUGAACAGUUAAAGGUAUUACAGGAUCACAGCCUGAACUCUCCUCUUCAUUUAUGGGCUUCACUUUCUCUCCCCCCAAAUCAAAAUUAUGCAGAACCUUUAACGAAAGGCUUUACUUUUCAAGAUCUUCUUGACACCCUAUUCAAGCACUUAUGGAAGCCCGGAAUGUCGCCAAACCCAAGGAAUGAUCAAGAUCAAACACCUCUUCAUCUUUGCAAGACAUGGACCGCCGCCAAACUUUUAAUAGAAGCAGGAGCAAAAGCAAAUGAUGUUGAUAGAGAAGGACAACCUCCUCUCUUAAUUGUUGCAAAACAUAAACAGUUCAAGAUUAAACAGGGUUAUUUCUUUCCGGACGUUGUUGAAGACCCAAAACAGUUCUUCGAAAAGUGUGUGUCAUUAGGUCUUGAUAUAUGGAGUUCUGACAAUGAAGGGCAAUCUAUGCUUAGCACCUUCCUGGAUUCCGAGGCUUAUGCACUGGCMAAWGSUUUGAUCGAUGUUGCUGUUGCAAAUUGUAAAUCAACCACAAUCGUAAAACAGUUGCUGGAUGCUAUUUGCAAAGAUCAGUCCACAAGUACRACUUGGAAAAGUCUUCUUACUUUAACGCUUAUAACCUCACCACAACUUGCCUCUAGCAYCAAUCUCGAUGGUUCACUCCGCCACAUUUGCACAAACAUCGAAAAGCAGGUACUGGGACAGAAGCAAGAACAGCGUGUUGGAAUUGAAGAAGGCAAUGAAUCUGAAGAGCCCCCAAAUAAGAGACCGAGAAUUGUUGAUAGUGAAAAUCGCAGCACUCCGAAAUCGAAUGUCUUUUUUGAUAUUGGAAGACAACUACUGUUUUAUGGAGCCGAUGGCAACAGUUUGUGUAACGAUUUCCCAAACCUCCACUCCUUUUUGACGGCCGUAAUAACUCCAGACCAAAUGAAAGAGAUAAUUCCAUGGACUUCUCAUUCCACAAUACAUGAAGAGAAGCUUAGAGCAGUCUCGAGAAAGCAAAACGUUGCGGAGAUAGGUACCUACUGUUAUCAUAAAGAACCAAUAGGUGAAGGAGGCUUCGGCGACGUUUAUGCUGGAAUAUGUAAGAACGAUGGAAGGGAGGUUGCAAUCAAGAAAAUAAAAAGAAGUCAAGUUAAGGGACAAGAUAAAAGAGAGAUAAGUAAUCUUGUAGAAUUGGCAGACUGUCCACAAGUCGUGAAGUACAUCUCUUUCGAUGUCAGUGAUAAAGACUUUGUGUUCAUUGUGUUAGAACUGAUGGAGGGGCAUCUAGACGACUAUUUUUCAAGUCCAUCGUUUGAUGCAAGUCGAAGACCAAGAUUAUGCCGUGAUGUUGUAGAAGGUCUGGCAUAUUUACACCAGCACAAGCCAAAAUCUAUUCUUCACCGUGAUCUCAAACCAGAAAACAUCCUUUACAAGUUUGAUGAAGAUGGCAAAGUUAUCGUUAAGAUAGCAGAUUUUGGUCUCAGUAGUCCUCUCACGGCUGGUAGGACAACUGUUCUUCAUUCCAAAGUAGGUACCCGUUGCUGGAUAGCUCCAGAAGUGAUGCGUUUUCAGCCGUACCWGCAUUCUUYAUCGUCUGACGUUUUCUCUUGUGGACUCGUGUGUCACUACAUUCUKUCAAAGCAAAAACAUCCAUUCAGCCCAGUAGAUUGUACUAACAMAUCCGAUGWAGUUAUUACACAUACAACAGAAGACAAUAUGUUGAAAUACCAAAUGGAUGGAUGGGAUGAUGCACUCUCUCCUGAAGCCACGCAUCUUGUCAAAGACAUGCUUCAAAAAGAUGAGAGCAAGCGAUUAUCUGCUGCUGAUUCRUUACAUCAUCCAUUUUUCUGGUCSAACAAAAAGAAGAUGGACUUYCUAAAUGCCGUUGGCAAUCAGUACGAGUUUGAGUGUCCAYCUGCUAGCAAGGCAGCCUCUUAUCAUGUAACCACGGCAGUGGAAGCUCAUCUUGAGAACAACUUCGCCAACAUCGUACGAUAUGCAAAUUGGGAUGAUCCUAAUUACAAAARUGURGYAAAAGUYGUUGCUGAGAUGAAGAAUCCAAUCGUCAAAAUAAACAAAAAGGGCAAAAACUACACUCAAAACCCGAGAACCUACGAUACUGGUUCCGUUGUUGAGCUAGUUCGCUUCAUCAGGAACGCUAUUAAUCACGUGUCUGAGCCCAGUCGACCGCACGAUAUCCAGAAGCUCAUUCUUGAGUCUGCCGURUUCUUGACAGAAUUUCCKMAUCURCUGAUAGAGGUCUACAAAGCUGUGACUACAYAUGGAUGGGACAAGAGAGAAGAAAUCAAGAAUGCUAUGRCCAGUGAGGAUUAAGACCAAUUGACURCUUAUAUGUAAGUUUUAUCCUUUUGAUUUACCUUAAACUUAAUAUACAUUUCCUUAGCCUUCUGUCGGAAUAGGUCGGCCGGAGACCGAUGAAAAUUGUGGGAACAAAAAACAAACGACUUUUUUCUUGCUUUUGUCAUUAAAAUCUCCCAUAAUGCUUUUCGCUCUUCGUACGAUGAUUUGAUUCUGUUUGGUUACAGACUGUAUAGUGGGUCACGGAACAUCAUAUAAUUGAAAAUCAUUGCCAUAUUCAGUCAGUCAUUCUGUGCUGAAACAUGUAGGAAAUUAUUCUACAAAAAUCAUACAUUUUAAUUGCGUUCAAGUUUUAAUAUUUGUUUAUUGGAAGUUCUAAUUUUUUUAGUUACUUUUUGUUAUCGUUUUAGGUACGAAUACGAUGUAAAGUGUG